GUUCCUCUGGCUCAUUAAUUUGCUAUUUUUCCUAUGAAUUAAGAAGAUGCGAUCCAUAAAUUACAAGUGGCUGCCAAAUUAGGCCGAGAAGAUGAAGUGGCGGGCAUUGGCUGACGUGUCGCCACUUUCAACGACAACUGCUUACCAAAACCAGCGGUCCACACGAAUCACGAUCACCGUUUCCUCCCCCCAAAAAUGUAGAAGUCAGACGAGAUUUGAUACGGCGGGUUGAAUUAGUCCCGCCAUCGAGGGAUUUCAGUCCAAGCACAUAAAGAAGAAGAAGAAGAAGUAGAAGAAGACGAGGCGGCGGAGACGGGUACCAUGGGGAGGGUCUUUCUAGUUGAAUUGGGAGGCAGAGCUUACAGAUGCAGGUUCUGCAACAGCCCUCUUGCUCUUGCUGAUGAUGUGAUCUCUAAGUCCUUCAGUUGCCGCCAGGGAAGGGCAUUCCUUUUCAGCAAUGUGGUAAAUAUAAUGGUCGGAGCUGAAGAGGACAGGUUCAUGCUUUCCGGUAUGCACACCGUCAAAGAUAUUUUCUGUUGCUGCUGUGGGCAAAUCCUCGGUUGGAAGUAUGUUGCUGCGCAUGACAAGAACCAAAAGUACAAGGAAGGGAAAUUCGUUCUCGAGAGAUGGAGGAUCAUGGAGGAGGUCACCGAGGAUUUCAACUUGGAGGCGCACCCCGGUUUCAGUGAUGUGGAAGAUUAGUAAGUAGUUGAAU